CUAAAUAAAUAAACGGGCAUUGCAGAAAUCAAUGGAUAUGCUAUCUCAAAGAGUUUGUGAUCACUAAAAAGAAUCGGUGACUAAUCUUUCUUUAUCCUCUCGAGAAGGCGCCCAACAGCUCAUCAUUUGGGAGUCUCACCGAGAGCCCUCACGCCAGACACAACAGUGCAAACAGCACGGCAAUCGCAGCCCCUCCCACGCCUCUCAAAGCUGAUUUAAUAAAUCUUAACCUCCUUCGUUGUUCCUGCUUGGAGUACUACACAGCAUUGCUGGUUCUGCACCUCCGUGGCGGCCGGCAUUUCGCAAGAAUUGAUGGGGUGCAAGUCGUGCCAGAAGCCCAAGGCGCAGCACCGCAAGGGGCUGUGGUCGCCGGAGGAGGACCAAAAGCUCCGUGACUUCAUCGUCCGCUACGGCCACAGCUGCUGGAGCACCGUUCCCGUCAAGGCCGGGCUUCAGCGGAACGGGAAGAGCUGCAGGCUGCGAUGGAUCAACUACCUGAGGCCGGGGCUGAAGCACGGCAUGUUCUCCCGGGAGGAAGAAGAGACCGUCAUGAGCCUCCAUGCCACACUCGGCAACAAGUGGUCUCAGAUAGCGCAGCACCUGCCGGGCCGGACCGACAACGAGGUGAAGAACUACUGGAACUCGUAUCUGAAGAAGCGCGUCGAGGGCGAGCGGUCACCAGCCAAGUCCGCCGGCUCGGACGCGCCCCGGAGCACGCCGCCCAGCGACAGCACCCGCGAACGCAACACCGUUAACCAACCGUCCAUCUCCGGCUCGUCAGGGCCGCUGGAGUCGUCGCCGAUGGCCGACGAUUCGAGCAACCUCACAGUCCCCGGCGUUGUAGCCUCGAUCCGGCCGCACACGCCCGUGCUCCCCAAGGUCAUGUUCGCGGACUGGCUCGACAUGGACAUGGACAUGGACUACGGCACCGGCCUGAUGGCACCUAGCGCACUGGACGCGGCCUUCGACGGCAGCUCGGCGCAGCAGGGCGUAAGCCGCCAAGGGGGCGUGCAGGUGGAUGGCAUGUGCGGCGCCGUGAACUUGUUGCAUGGGCUCGGCAACGGGGACAUCUGUUGGGAGUUCGACGCCGAUCAGAUCCACAUGCAGGGAGGAGCAGGAUUCUGCGACGUGCUCUCCGUGAGCGAGUUCCUCGGGAUCAACUAGGCGACCCCUCUGAAAAAUAGAGAGUAUGCUUUUUUUUUCGAAAGGAGGCUCCCCGGCCUCUGCAUCAGAACGAUGCAUACGGCCAUAUUGAUAAAUAAAAUAGGUUCAACAAGUUCUUACAGUCUUGAAAUAAAAAGAUAGGCUAGCUCACAAAGAGCC